UGCGUAAUAUUAAAGUUUCUCUUUGUAUUCAACUCGCAGGAAAAGGAAGUAGAUAGCAUGAAAUCUCGAACGAGGAAAAGCGAUGUAUAUCACUUCUUCCCCGUUUAGAAGUAAUCUCUACUUUCCCAUUUCGGUCGCCAUAUAACGAGAGUGGUGUUUGGUGUUACGCACAGUCAUGAUGUUCUUUUUUAGUUUGUCUGUAUAACUGCUGCACUGUUGAUUAUUCAUUCCUGUUGUUUUUUUUGUUCGAAACUUCUGAUAUGUAUACAAAGUAAAGUGUGCCGAAGAAAAUCGAGUUGAAGAUGAAUGAUUUCUUCACAGAAACCCAAACUACAUUGUUUUUCUUGCUGCUUCUGAUGUGUGUCUUUCAAGUUUAUAGUCAAAAGUGCCCUGAUUCUUUCUUCGAGUUCGGAGAUGCAAAAUACUGUUACCGUGAUGGAGGAGUAUCCUUUGACAGCGCACGGGUCUACUGCAAAGAAAUCGGUGGAGAUUUAACAAUUAUUACAUCUCAAGAACAAAAUGAAUUUCUCGCAGAAAAUUUGGUAUCGGCACCUCCAAGCUCCGACGAAAGAUAUCGUUACUGGAUCGGCCUGAAUAGAAAUGACAAUGGCAAUCUGCGGUACAUCAAUGGAGACGCUCCAAGCUAUACAAACUGGGUAUCACCGGUGGCAGAAAACGAUUGUGCUUAUAUGAUAGGAUCUCAGCUCGACAUACAUGGACAAUGGGACAGAAAUCCAUGUUCAAACUUUCGCCGAAGUAUUUGUCAAAUAUUUAAAGCUUUACCCUUGAACAGCUGGGUACCAAUAGGAAGCACUCUUUACCACGUGACAGAAGACUGGACCUCUCGAUCUUAUAAUGGCGCCAAAGAAUACUGUUUGAACCUUGGAGGGAGUCUCGCUCAACCACGAUCUCAACGAGCCAACGAUUUAUUACAAGCUGUUAGUGGAACUUCCGGAGUUUGGAUUGGAUUAAAUGAUAUCAAUGAAGAAGGAACAUACCAAUGGGAGGAUGGUACACUGCUAGGAGAAAGUUCAUCUUGGUGGGAAGAUGACGAGCCUACAGCAAAUUCUGGUUUGGAUUGUGUUCAAUUGUCUGCGAAUGGAUGGAGAGUACAAACGUGUUAUGCUCACCUCAGAUUUGCUUGUCAAUUAAAUCAAGGUACUAUCAGUAUUAUCAUCACGAUAAUUUCAUAUAUUUUUUUUCAUCAUGUCAUCUUAUUGAUGUUUUCGAUCGCCCCCUCUACACUCGGUAAUUGGAUCCCAUUUGGUAAGAACGAGUACUUCAGGUUGCCAUCUUGGCUGACUCUCCCCUUCCUCGAUGCAAGGGAUUAUUGUCAAACUCUGGGCGGAGAUAUCACACAGCCGAAGGACGAUAAGUCUCACGAUUUCCUUCAAGAAACGGUCGAUACAGCGUUUUGGAUAGGAUUAUCUGACACGGAGGAAGAAGGAACAUAUGUAUGGAUAGAUGGGACUAUACAAGGAAACAGCUUCCCUCCAUUUGCACAGGGAUCUACACCUCAACCCAGUGAAAACAAUGACUGCGUUUUCAUCCGUAGAGCCGGGACCUGGGGCGUCAGGGAGUGCACCGCAGCAACACGAUUAGUCUGCGAAAAGUCGCGAGCUCCGGAGCCGAUUCUACCCAUCCGUCUAACCGCUGCAACACAAACGCCAUUCGGUUCCGACUCCGGAGCUCCGAGGUACCUGUGUCUCUUGAGCUCUCCUGAUGAUGAUCCUACCAUCGCUGUCACCACACAGAGACUUGUAAAGCUCAGCCAGUCAUCUGCUGAUGAUGACCUGACCGUACCUGGGGUAAAUGAGGCUACGAACCCGGAUUCCUUACCCGUAGUAAUUGAUCAGAACUUACCCUCAGAUGCUAAUGGGGUGGGUGUGUUCGAAUGCAAGGCCUUGUCAUCCGCCGGAUCAACCACCUCGGUAUCAACAAUCAUUUUACUACAUUCAAGACAGUAUCAACCGGCUGAUGGUCGAUUCACGAAGUCAGUCUACCCUGGGGGUAACAUAUCACUGAGUGUUAGUAAACUAGACAUGGACAUGGAUCUCUCGAAGGUGACAUGGCGGAGAUUCUCAAACCUCAAUUCAUUGGACUCAACGCUGGACCAGAGCAUGGGACAGCUUCACCAUGACGUCACAAUGGCAGAGAGUCAAGACGCUGAUGUCUACGGGACUUACACAGAUGGAGAGAUCAUUAACCAUGAACAAAGUUUCAUUAGAUUGAUCGUGAUUGGUUGCCCAGAAGGACGUUGGGAUCCUAGUUGCCUAGGUGUUUGUGAUAAUUGUUACAAUGGAGGGAUCUGCCAUCAGCAAUCAGGGACCUGUGUCUGUCCGCCGGGGUUCUCUGGAAAGAAUUGCUUGACAGCCUGUGGUGAGCAUCGAUACGGCUGGGAAUGUGAGUUUGAAUGUGGUGUAGGACAGCCUUUGGACCAGUGUGCCGGAAGUCAGAUCUGUCUCCCUGACCCUUAUGGAUGCAACUGUUUGGCUGGUUAUACAGGAAUCUACUGCAAUGAAACUUGUCCGGAAGGAAAGUUUGGUGUUGACUGUCUUCUAGAUUGCCAUUGCUCACAGGAAUCAUCGUGUAACCCUUACAAUGGAAGCUGCUCAGCAGGAUGCAAGGAUGGUUGGUCUGGACCGUCUUGUCAAGUACCUUAUACAUGUAGUAAUGGCUACUAUGGAGACGACUGCACGGAGAAAUGCAACUGCCGUGACGGACGCCCAUGUAAUAAGGUUACAGGAUCUUGUCUAGAAUCAGAGGGCGGGUGUGCUGUAGGGUAUAUCCCAGAUCCUGAAGGACCCUAUGAUAACUGCAGAUUAUAUUCUGGAUGCUAUGAUUCUUGUUCGAGUACUUGCCAUUGUUUUGAUGGAUCAACUGAUUGUAACAGUGUGACCGGAUCUUGUUUCUCAGAGACCUGUUCUCCGAGAUGGUCUGGAGAUAAAUGCCAAACAGAUCGGUUCAGCAUUCAAACCGAGAAGACCAACCCUGGCCUAGCCCUAGUCCACUGCAUGUUCUCUUCCAUCGGCCAAUUGUCAUCAGAGAGUAUCAACAUAGCUCGAAACGAUACCUUCGUCAGUCAAGCAUCAAUAAUCCAAUCCAACUAUUCAACCGAGGACAAUGUUUCAAGAGGGUCCUUCUAUGUAGAAUCUGUUGGUCCAGAUGACAUCCUUUAUUGUACGGUCGGGUUGAUAAAUGGCACUCAACGGCCAACGAGCUAUGCCCGGAUACCUAAGAGAGAAUAUUAUGUACUUCCAGAACUCGCAACACAACCUUCUGUCUCCUCAAUUGGACUUGAUCAGGUGAUGGUCACGUGGCGUCCGUGGAGUCCUGAAAAAGACUUGGGCGAUGGGCCAAUCAUUGGUUAUUACAUCUACGUCAGAUCAUCGGAUGAUGACGUCACAAAAGAAUGGAUACCAUCUCCGUUACCUGACCAGCAAAGGACUGGGAACUCUACAUCAUCAACUGGAAUGCUACAGAAUGAAACUUUACAUCGCAAUAUUACCGAUUUACAUCCAGAUACCGCGUAUUCGUUAUCAUUGAGUGUUGUCAGAGAGGGUUUGAAUGGGGAAGGAACCGAAGGAGAUAAAAUUGAAUUCGUGACUCUUCCAAUCCCUACAACUGUACCUCCUACCACUAUACCACCUACCACGCCUACCAUAGAACCGGGUAGUAUGAGCCGACAAAGUAAUGUUGCGUCGAUUGCUGCUGGUUGUUCCGCUGGAGUCAUAUUGGUUAUUUUGAUCGUGAUUGUCAUUAUACUCUUCGUAAGAUAUCGGAAUAGUAACCUAUAUAGAUUUCAGUUUUCACAUAGAUUGACAUUUGAUCUCAUUUUAUUGUAUUGUAGGAAAACGAAGACAGGAAGAAGAAAUUCAGAGUCACUGCAUUAUGUGAAUACACCCAAGACUUAUUAUGAAGAAGAUGGGAGCGGGAUGGAUGAUCUGGAUGGCAAUGGAAAAGACAUUCUUCCUUAUGUAACCAUGGAGGAACUAAGUUCUACAGACAACACUCUGCAACAGACAGUUAACCCACCAGGCCCCAACCCACCAAACCGGGCAAGGACGUCACCAGAAAAGAAACCGGUAGCAUCGGUUGAACCGAUAGCCCAAAAAGACCGGAUACCCGUGGAUGAGUUCCCGGCUUUUGUCCAGAAGAAUCGGCAUACCGAUUUCUUUAAAGAGGAGUUUAGUUCUUUGCCCAGUGGUAUUCAAUAUCGGCAGACAGUAGCAGAGCGUCCGAUCAAUGCUCAAAAGAAUAGAUACAAGAACAUUCUACCAUAUGAUGCCCAUAGAGUUGUUUUAGAACAUAUAGACGAUGAGCUCGAAACGGAUUACUAUAAUGCCUCCUAUAUUUCUAAUUUCAAUGGUGAUCGAGCUUACAUUGCAGCACAAGGGCCUAAUACGGCAUCUCAAACAGAUUUCUGGAGAAUGGUCUGGCAGGAAAAGGUGAAAACCAUUGCCAUGGUAACUAAUCUAAAAGAAGGAAAUAAGAGAAAAUGUCAGAAGUACUGGCCCAAUGAUAUCAACAAUAUGAUGGAGUUUGGACCGUAUCAGGUUGUCCUUAAAUCAUUAGUAGACGGCGCCGCCUGGGUUGUACGGCAUCUAAUAGUACGGAAGGAUGCUGAGUAUCAUAAUGUCUGCCAGUAUCAUUAUACUGAAUGGCCUGACAAAGGUGUACCCAAACACACGUCAUCGCUUCUUAUGUUUCUGAGAGAGGUCCAAGCGCACCAUGGCCAAAAUAAAACUCCAUUACUUAUUCAUUGCAGUGCUGGAGUUGGUCGAACAGGUGUGAUGAUAGGCAUCGAUGGUAUAGUAGGUGAAGCCAAGGCUACUGGCUUUGUCGAUGUCUUUAGCUUCGUAUCUAACAUGAGACAGAACAGACCACAAAUGGUACAAACGGCGGAGCAAUACGAGUUUCUUUACCACGCUGUUCUUGAGGAUCUCCUGUUUGAGAACACAUCAAUUCCAUUCGAGAACCUCCCAUCAUACCUCAAAGGGUUAAAGGAACUGCUUCCGGGAAGAAAACAAACCGGUCUUUCAAAACAAUUUAAGAAUCUACAAAUGGUGAGUCCAGAUCCCCCUGAAGCCACGAAUCGUACAGCUCUUCUCGCAGAAAACCAAUCAAAGAAUAGAUAUGGACACGUCUUACCAUUACAGCGAAAUAGAGUGAUACUCAAAUCUCGGGACUCUGAGGAAGACUACAUCAAUGCAAGUUUUGUCAAGGGUUCGUACUUCAGUUUCAUCACGACUGCGAUGCCGAUGACGAACACGGUAUGUGAUUUCUGGGCCAUGAUCUAUGAUUACCAACCAUCACAUAUCAUCAUGCUCAAUGAUGUACACGAAGAUAAGACGUGUGAGCAGUACUGGUCAGAAGAGGGCGCUAUAACUCAAGGAUGUUUUACCAUCACAGUGACGUCAUCAAAGAGAGACAACAACGUCAUCAGGAGAAAACUUCGAGUUCAGCAUUCAAAAUCAUUGGUAUAUCAUGACGUUGAUCAAUACCAGUUGCUAAGAUGGUGCCAGGAUGGACAUUAUUCAUCACUUCUUGCGAUCAUAGAUCAGGUCCAGGAGUCGUCAGAAACAGAGCAAUCCAUCCUAGUCCAUUGCUUGAGUGGUGUUGGACGAACAGGUGCAUUUUGUAGUGUAAUGGAAUGCAUUGCUCAGAUUGCUGAGACGGGUAACGUCGAUGUCUUUCAAACAAUCAAGAAGCUACGAGUUGAACGAACGCACUUUGUUCAAACAGAGUCGGACUAUGAGGACACAUAUAUGAUUCUACAAGAUUUCCUGUGCAAGGCUAACACUGAGUUAACACCGUCCGAUAACAGUGACAUGGAACCUACGUACGCUAACAGGGAGAGUGUAUACGCUAACACCGAACCUCAAUACGACAACACCGAAUACGAGCCUAUAAACUAUACAGACAGUGCGAAUGGAGUCCAUGCCGAAAAUAGAACUCUGUUACGGGGACAAACAAAUGCAGCAGUGUAUGAAAACGUGUCAUUUGAUCUUCAUGAAGAAUAGAUACUUAUUGUCAUUCUCAUCCUAAGAUUACUCGUCUUUCCUUGUCAGUACUGUACGGGACUAUACCUACAAAAUUUUUCUAUUUAUUCAAAACAACAUUUUCCUGGGGUCGACUUGACUUAGAACAAUACUGUCAUUGCCUGGUAGUUUGUAUUAUCUCCUAUGCAAGUAACCAGGGAUGGCAUCUCAAUCAAAUUACUUUGUAUCUCAUGAAAAAGGCGCUCUAGAAAUAUAAACUAUAAUUAUUAUCAAUGAAGUGAAAUGGAUAGGAGAGAAUGGAACGUCAUAGUAUGCAGAUGAUGAUGAUGUUAAGUGAAAGAAUAAAAUGAUAUGAACAAUUAAAAUUAUGAGUUUUUAAUUGUGUCAAAUAAACAGAUGUAUAAUGACAAUAUAUUUGAUAUUACAUUUCCUUGUAAGUUUCCUAAAGUGUUUUCCAUUUACUUAUACUAUUGGUUUCGCACAUUACUUAUUUUUCUACAAAUUUGUAUAUGAUUAUGUAAGAAAUUUAUAUGUUUUUAAUUGCAGGUAUAUUAUUGUUAUUAUUUUGAUUCCUCAUGAAAAUUAGAUAUUCUUUAUUCUUUAUGUGGUGCAUAUAUAUUUUUAAUUAUUGCAUAAUCAAACUAUUUGAUAUACACAACUCAUUCCAAUUCGUUAUCUGAAGCUGAUGACGAAAUUUGUAGAAUUUGAAAAGUUUGUAAUGCAGUCGUAAAAAUUGUCUUUAACAGUCAUCUCUGUAUUUGAGUUAAGGAUCAAGUUAAGAAAUAUUAUAUGUACAUCCUCAUGUUUAGAGCUUAUGUAUUCAUGGUUUAGUUUUUGUACAUUUGGCAUGUUCUGAUAAAACUUGCCCGUGUGUGGACAAUGCCAAGACAAUCACAUUUUUUCUUUUAGCGUAAGAUGACAAGAGGGACAUAACACAAGCUUACCGGGUUUAGAUUUUUUGUAUGAACCACUGAAAGAUUGAGAUAUAAGCUAAAUCUUGUGUGGAAGUUACUUCUAAUUCCUAGCCAUUUCAGUAUUUUACAGUCUUUGGUGCAUUCGCUGCAAGCUGUGCUUUCAGAGUUGUCACUUUCAGUAUUGAAACCAAUAUGAAUGACAUGAUUUUAACAAUGAUUUGGAAAUAAAUCUUGAAUUGAAC